AGGAUACACGGUGAAUUCGUACAAAGGCCUUAUUUCGUUCUGGUCUUCCAUCGUUCCUCGUUUCGUUGUUGGAAAAGUGUGUUCCCUCUGUGAGCCGCGGUUGAAAUAUGCAUACCGAUAUAUUGUUAUGCAUACCGUGUCGAGUGAAUUUGCAUCGGAUAUCGCCGGGCAAAUAGAGACCGAUCAUUCGCCGACGAAAGUGUGCCCCGUUUCCCGACGCGGAUUUAGUGCGCGCUCGACGCCGAGAGUCGACCGCGGGGUAAUCGAUUGCCCGAUCGAGAAGUUCCGGUACGGCUAGACGUGAAAUGCAAAAGUGAACUCUGUCUCGCGGGCCAGCGGGUGCAUGUACAUCGCAGGACGAUGGCCGAACUACGUGUUUGCCGGUUUCUCGUGAUCCUCGCUCAUUUGACGGUCAUCUUGGUGCUCGGGCAGAACCCCGUCGAGGAGAAGACCACCUUCGAGGCUGCCUUUCAAGGAAGAUGCGGGCACGAGUCUCCCUGCGAGCAGCUUUGCUACGAACUUCACGAUGGAAUGUACGAGUGCGACUGCAGGGACGGCUACAUUCUUCAUAAAAAUGGAUACAGUUGCGCCGAGCUGAACUCCACGUUCCCGUCUACCAGCGAGCUAGGCGAGCUAAUCGAGGACGUUGAGAACGACGAAUUAAGCAAGGACACGGACGACGACGAGGAUGCGGUCGAGGACAUUCUUUAUAUGCGCGGAGCGUCGUUCACGAUACACUUGGACCCGCCGCCGGAGAACGCAACGACGAAUUCCACGAGGGCCAACGACGAGACCGGCGUUCCCCUCGAUCGAAUCGAGUUACGGGCUACGUCCCAGGGUCCGAAUCUGGAGCAGAAGCUCCCGUCGACGAUGGAGAGUAUAGUGAGCACGGAGCCAGCAUGCUCGCUGGAUUGCGGGCCCGCUGGUAAUUGCUAUAUAGAGCAAUCACGCGGCGACGACGUCGAUCUGGCGGCCAACGACGACUCCGACGCCGCGGACGACGACGCCUCGAUGUCGAUGGAUCUCGAAGGGAACGACGUGGCUCCUAGACGGAAGCAAGGGUCCUUCAGGCAGAGGUGUCAAUGCCCCCUAGGCAGGGGUGGCGAUCGAUGUCAGCUCGAGGCCGAAGUGAGGUCGCCACGAUUCACGGGAUCCGGUUGGCUGGCGUUUCCGGCUCUGAAGGCCGCUUACAAGCACGUUCAAUUAGAUUUGGAAUUCCGGCCCGAGGCGUGGGAUGGAAUUUUGCUCCUCGCCGGGGAGAGGGACGAUCUUCAGGGCGACUUCAUGGCCUUGAUACUCCAUCACGGCUUCAUCGAAUUUAGGUUCGAUUGCGGUAGCGGGGUCGGCACCGUCAGGAGCACGCAAACAGUAAGGCUGAACGAAUGGAAUACCCUGACUGUCUACAGGCACCGAUGGGACGCUUGGAUUCAGCUGAAUCAAGAGAAACGCGUCGAGGGAAGAUCGAAGGGUUUGUUUGCGAGGAUUACCUUCCGCGAGCCGCUCUUCGUCGGCGGACCCGGAAACACAACCGGCCUGGAGCGACUUCCGGUGAGGACCGGAUUUAAGGGCUGCGUCCGGCAUCUGGAAGCCAAUGAACACCGCUAUCGCUUCCCCCUUGCACCGCAGGGAGACGCAGCCAAUGGUUUCGACGUCGAGGAAUGCACGGCGGACAGGUGCAGCAAGGUGCCCUGUUCCCAUGGUGGGAAAUGCUUGACUACUGGCGGCGACACAGCUGUCUGCCUCUGUCCUCUCGGAUACACCGGCGACCUGUGCGAGACCAGGGUGGAUUUGCAGGUGCCGUUGUUCAACGGAUCCUCUUAUCUUCGGUAUCCGGGAUUGGCCGACACGUCGCUAUCUUGGCUGGAAUUGGCUGUCACGUUGAAACCAACCGCCGUGGACGGCGUUAUACUUUACAACGGCCACCAUAGCGACGCUACCGGGGACUUCAUCGCUUUGUACCUCUCGUCGGGACACGUACAGUUCACCUUCGACCUGGGAACGGGACCCGCCACUUUGAGAAGCGAGAAACCAGUGCGUCUCGGCGAUUGGGUCGACGUGCGAGUUUCGAGAACCGGACGUUUGGCGUCACUCGAGGUGGAGGACGAUCCUCCGCAGGAAAUCCUGGCGCCCGGCGCCUUCACGCAACUAUCUCUGCCGCUGAACCUUUACCUGGGCGGCGCACUGUCCACGGACAUGUACUCGCCCAAGAUGAAGACGACCGCCAGCUUCGUAGGCUGCAUUCAGACCGUCAUUCUGAAUCGUCGCGAGAUUGGAAUUCUCGCCGAGGCUCUCGGCGGCGUGAACGUGGGGAAUUGCGGACACGCGUGCGAGGCGAGGCCUUGCGGAGACGCGGAAUGUCGUCCGCUUCGAGACCGAUUCACGUGUCGCUGUCGACCUGGUAUGCCGCAUCCGUGUCCAGCACCGGACGACAAUACGAUCCUCGGUGCCUCGCCAGCGAAAUCAAACGUUGGGACGCGAUACGAGAGAUCCGUGCCCAGCUUCUCCGGGAGCGAGAGCUACCUUCACUACAACGACGCGGACACGAUGAAAAGGAUAAUAAGCUACAGGGUGGACAUAAACAUGAGAUUCAGAGCGAGUAGCAGUAGCGGUUUGCUGCUUUGGAGCGGACGACAGGCGGACCCGCAAGAACAAAGGGACAAGAACGACGAUUUUCUUGCUCUGGGCUUGGACCGUGGUUACCUGACCUUAGCUUAUAACUUGGGCUCCGGCGAAGCGGUCCUACGGUACAAUUUAACGAGACUGGACGAUGAUCUAUGGCACCGCGUUCGGGCAGUUAGGAACGAACAGUGGGCGUCGUUGGUCGUCGACAGCGGUACCGGGGUCUCGGCGUCGUCGCCAGGACAGUUGAGACAGUUGAACACCGACACGGGUCUUUACGUUGGCGGUGCACCGGACAUCGUGAGGACAACAGGAGGCAGAUACGCGAAGGGCAUCGUCGGUUGCAUCAGCGACCUGGUUCUGGACUCGGACUUCUCCGUGGCGUUGUCGUCGCCGGCACAGGCCACCAACACGCACUCGUGCAUCCCCUGAAAAACAUCCGUGCCGUCCGACAUUAGGUGGUUGGGUCCGCGGCCACGCGGUUCCAAGCUAGGAUAUGAAAAUACAUCGCGAUGAAUUGCUGGCGAAGCCAGGGCAACGACGAUGCAGCGUUCAAGAUGGGAACGGCCGCCUCGAACGCUUUGUCACGGUGUCGGCGCGCGAUUUAUACACCGAUCACACACGGUUCAUCAACUUUUUGUACAGACUCAUCAACGACGAAACUCUCCCCGGGAAGAGAAUAAAUUAAAAAGUAAAGAGAAAAAAAAGAGACAAAAAAAAAAAUAAAUAAAGACAGAAAAUGAUAAAAAGAUAACGAGGACUACGGUCGUCGACGGUUGAAUUAGUGGACAGCUUACUGUAAAUAUUAACGAAAGGUAAUCGCGGUAUUUGGAGAUCUCUAUCGAUCGCCUCCGCGACGUAUUUCCGUUCUGCGGCAACUUCCUGUCUGUAACCUUCGCGAUCGAAGGCUCGAUCGACGACAUCGAGAGUAAUGAGAAGAAAAGAUAGAAAAAAAAGACAGAGAAAGACCGAACACGUUCCGCUUGUUCUCGAUUAUUGCAUUUCGUUCGCGUUUCACGAAUCCAAUACGAUUAUUUUGUGAAUCGAACGCGGUAUUCCGUUCUGAGUUCCUAAGGGGUUGGACGGAAGUUGUCACGCGAGGAACGGUUCUCUCUAGUCAGUCACGACUGUCUCCGGCCGAAUUAAGAACUCGACGGGGCGCGUCCAGAAGACCGCCCUCGGCCUAAUAAAAUUAAAGUAGAAAAAGUGCACACAACCCCUCCGCGUCAAUUUUUAUUACGCCCUCCGACCGGACCCGGAAACCUACGAUUGUGUCGGGGCAUUGUCGCAUUCGAUCUCACGCGGAAAAGAAAAUGAUCGAAAGCGCUUGAAACCGAUCGAGCCGC